UAUUAUAGCCUUGGGAUAGGUCUUACACUGUGUUCGCCCUGAACAAUGUUUUGGAGUGGUAUUCAGUCUUACUAAAAGACUUUGUUAUGUAGAGUAUCGUAUGAAACAAGUCCUGGACGUAGGCGCGAAUAUGAAUGGAACGUUUGUUUUUGCGCGUGUAUUUUUGCAGGUGGCUGUAGACGUUCUGUGAUCGCGCGUGGUCUGUUGGAUUGAAUAGACUGACAUUUUCAAAAGGAAGAAAAGAAAACUUCGUCUAAUAUAGACUAGUAUGAGAACAAGCAAGUUGUUCAUUGCAGUUUGGACUCAUUUCACGUUGCUGCAUUUGUGUACAGAUGUCUUCAACAAUUUCUGUAACGGCGAGGUGGAGGAGGAUGACGCCUCUUGCGAAGGCGCGUUUGAUCUCUACUUUGUAUUGGAUAGGUCUGGGAGCGUAGGACGCGACUGGGCUGAGAUCUAUGGCUUUGUGGAGCAGCUCACCAACCGCUUUGUAAGCCCCAGAAUGAGGGUGUCUUUCAUAGUAUUCUCCUCCAACGCUGAAGUUCUGUUACCCCUCACAGGAGACAGAGACAAGAUUGCGAAAGGCCUGGAUGUCCUGAGUGGAGUCGUGCCGGCUGGAGACACCUACAUGCACGAGGGGAUGAAGAAGGCUCUGGAGCAGAUGAAGGAACAGACCACCAAGGCAUCCAGUAUCAUCAUUGCACUGACGGAUGGAAAGCUGGCCAUCUACCCCUACGAGCUGACAGUGGAGCAGGCAAAUGCUGCCAGGUCGUAUGGUGCCAGGGUGUACUGCGUUGGCGUGAAGGACUUUGAUGCCAAUCAGCUUGUGGACAUUGCUGAUAGCAGGGAUCAGGUGUUUCCCGUGCUAGAAGGCUUUCAGGCCCUGAAGAGCAUUGUUAAUUCGAUUCUCAAGAAGUCUUGUACUGAGCUCUACAGGGUGGAGCCUACUAGUGUUUGUGUGAAUGAGUCUUUCAGCAUCGUCCUCAGGGGGAAUGGUUUCGCUCGGGGUCGCACUGCGGAGGGCGUGGUCUGCACCCUGACUGUCAAUCAACGCACUUACAAUGAGAGGCCGACUACAGUGCAGGACAAUUACGUCCUGUGUCCAGCCCCAGUGCUGCAGGAGGUCGGAGAAUCCAUCGAGGUCCUGAUCAGCUUCAACAGGGGACAGUCUUACAUCUCGAGUCCAGUGACCAUAUACGCCACCACCUGUUCCAAUGGCCUGGUGGUUCUAAUGGUGGUCCUGGCUCUGCUCCUGCUGUUGGCCCUGGCUCUCCUCUGGUGGUUCUGGCCUCUCUGUUGCACUAUUGUCAUCAAGGACCCUCCUCCUCCUGUUCCUCCACCUCCCAGGCAUCCACCGCCCCCCGAGCCAGAGGACGAUGAUCCUCUUCCCAAGAAGAAGUGGCCCACCGUGGAUGCUUCUUACUAUGGAGGCAGAGGGGCAGGGGGAAUCUACCGCAUGGAGGUGCGCUGGGGAGACAAAGGGUCAACAGAGGAGGGGGCGCGAUUAGAAAAGGCCAAGAACGCCGUUGUGACGAUGCCAGAGGAGGUGGAGGAACCCAUUAUCAGGAGACCCCCUCGCAGGCCGCCCCCCACAUACAUACCCCAGACCCAGCCACAGUCCAAAUGGUACACUCCCAUAAAGGGGCGUUUUGAUGCAGUCGUGGCACUGUUACGACGGCAGUACCAUCGGGUGGCUCUGAUGAGACCAACAGGAGACGAUCAGGGCCGUUGCAUCAAAUUCACCAGAGUGCAGAGCCAGUGAACUCCAAGUCACGGCGCGUUCUGCAUCCAUUUGCCUGGAUCUCAGCAAGACAUUGAACAAAUCAUAUUGUGCCUUCCUGUGCAAAAUAUAACCACAUUUAGUGCAUGUACCUCUAUACCAAAGUUAAUUACUGCAAAUGUUGAUCUUGAAAGAACUGAUACACAGUGAGAGUGAAAAAAAUCCUGUGUAGCCUAAUCAUCAUGACACAACACCAGUUUUCAGUUUUUUAAUAUUUUGUUUUAUUUGUCUGCUUAGUAUGUGUUACAAUUGCAUACUGAUAAUGCCAUUAUUAGGUCUACAUUGUAAAUAUUUUUGUACAGUACUCCUUCGUAAAAGAAAAAAAAAGUCUGGCUCUUAAACUGACCCCCAAGACAGGACCAAUUUGUCAAGAAAUUAAACCAAAUAGGCCAGGACCUAUGUGUUGAAUGGACUUCUCUUCAUGAAACCAUUCCCAGUGAAUAGGCCUACCCUGGAACUUUGCUGUGUGUGGACAAUGACUGAUAAUCAAUUGAGGGCUCAGAGUUGCCUAAGUUGCUGGUUUGCUUUUGAUGUGCCUUUGUUUUAUUUAUUGUCUAUUUUUGCAUUUUUAAAUAAAAAUGUGCUGAAACAUA